AAACUAGCCAGUGAAACUAGCUACAAAUCCAAAUCCAAAGCCAAACAAAUUUUUUCUUCCUUUGUUGACGUAUGUGCUGUUGCCGCUGUUGCUGCUGCUUCGAGCUGUUUUUAUGGGCGCUGUUGCGCUACUCUGCGCCUAGGAAAUGCAGCCGGGUCUGUUCAAGGUGGACGUGGAAUCCAAGAUGAUUUCGCUGGUUGAGAAGCGUCGGUUCCUCUGGGACGUGAGGGACCGAUCGUACCACAAGAGGGAUCUCAAAGAAAGGGCGUACGCCGAGAUCGCCGCAGCACUGGGGCGACAAUUCACGGCGGCUGCGGUGAAGUCGAGAUUUGCAAACCUGCGCUCCCAGUACCAUCGGGAACAGCGAAGAGUCACAGACAGCCUUAAGUCUGCCUCCAGCCCAGAAGAUGUGUACGUGCCUCGCUGGACCCACUACACAAAGCUCCAGUUCCUGCAGACCUCAAGUCCAAGGCAAGGGAGAUGGCCACUCCCAGACAACCAGGAUGCCUCAGAGGUUGCUCCAGAAGCACCCGAGGACAUCCUCAGUGCCCCCUGGGUGGAGCUGAAGGAAGGCAGCUUCCCCAUCAACCCCAGCGUUGUGGCACCAGAGGACGCGGCCGGCCACUGCAGCUUCAUGGGUGGCCGCAGGGACAGCACUGACGCCAGCAGCACCCGAAGCGCAAGUACCAGUGGCGAGCUCGCCGGUGCCAGUAGCAGCUUCCCCGACCCGAGCCCAGGUGGUCGGGACAACAAGCCCACCAAAAGAAGACGCUCGGCAGACGACGGCUACGAAACGGAAAGGAAGCUUCAUCGGCUGUUGGAAAGUGCGGUGCAGACUCUGACCGAGACGUGCGAGGGAACAAAGAAGGACGACUGUGAUGCCUUUGGGGCCCUGAUGGCGCAGACUGCGAGGCAGCUGCCACAGGGCCCCCACAGGCAGAUGGGGACCCUGAAGGCCUACGAGGCCCUCGUCAGCUACAGUGUGUCUGUGAACGAACGUGUCGUGGGUGCUGUGCAGAAGCUGGUGAACGGCGAAUGAAAAGGGACGGAAUGUUGCACCUCCUGGUUUUUUUUCUUGGUUUGUGCCGAAACCACCGUGGUGCUUGGCACGGCAGAAACGGGCGAAAAAUAAGGCCAGGGCACAGGAUAAGCAAGAUGGUUUUAUUGGUUUUAUGUCUCACUACUAGAUACAGUCACGUCUCGUUAAAAUGGAUUUCAUUAAAAUGUUUUCCUCGUUA